AUGUCUUCUCCUCCUUCCAAAGCCAAGGAGGUUUUCUCCUCGGACGAAGAGGGCCCCGCCGCUGGGGCCGAGGAUCGCCACAAAGUCAAGGUCUCCAGUUUGCCGUUCAGCGUGGAGGCGCUGAUGUCCGACAAGAAGCCGCUCCGAGAAGCCAGCGGAAGCCUGGAAGGGGCUGGCUUGGGUACUUCUAGGAACCUGCUCUUGCCCGCUCACGUCUCCCGGGAAGCGCCCAGCCCCGGCGGCCUUACAAAAACCUUCGAGACCUCGUCGGUGAAGUCCGAAAACUCCGAGGAUGGCUCGUCCUGGAUCCCAGAGGCCGGCAGAUACUCCCCUCCCCCAAGUGAGUGCUUUAGCCCGGGGGGGGGGAAGGGUCGAAGGGCGCUGGUAGAAUGA